GCCGCCGCCGCCGCCAGCCAUGGACCUGCGAGCCGAGCUGCUCAAGUCCAUCUGGUACGCCUUCACCGCCCUGGACGUGGAGAAGAGCGGCAAGGUGUCCAAAUCCCAGCUCAAAGUGCUGUCUCACAACCUGUACACGGUGCUGUGCAUCCCCCACGACCCCGUGGCACUGGAGGAGCAUUUCCGUGAUGAUGAUGAUGGGCCAGUGUCCAGCCAGGGCUACAUGCCCUACCUCAACAAGUACAUUCUGGACAAGGUGGAGGAAGGUGCUUUUGUCAAAGAAAAUUUUGAUCAGCUCUGCUGGACCUUGACAGCGAAGAAAAACUACAAACCUGACCGGAAUGGGAACAGUGUUGUGUCCCACCAGGAUGCUUUCAAGCUCUGGUGCCUCUUCAACUUUCUGUCUGAAGACAAAUACCCUCUUGUCAUGGUGCCAGAUGAGGUGGAGUAUCUGCUGAAGAAGAUCUGCACAGCCAUGAACGUGGAGCUGAACUCGUGUGAGCUGGAGGAUUACCUGUCCCAGGAGCCGCAGGCCCAGGGCGGCCUCACAGUCUGGCAGUUCCUGGACAUGGUGAACUCGGGGAGGUUCCUCAGAGGCAUCGAGCAGGAGGCCAUCAGCAUGGCCGUGGAGGAGGUGUACCAGGAGGUCAUCGAGGAUGUGCUCAAACAGGGUUACCUCUGGAAGAAGGGCCAGCUGAGGAGGAACUGGUCAGAGCGUUGGUUCAUGCUGAAGCCCAGUGCCCUGUCCUACUACAUGAGCGAGGAACGGAAGGAGAAGAAGGGGAGCAUCACGUUGGACAAGCACUGCUGUGUGGAGGUGUUGCCAGACAGGGAUGGGAAGAGGUGCAUGUUCUGUGUGAAGACCUCGUCCCGCACCUACGAGAUGAGCGCCUCGGACACCCGGCAGCGCCAGGAGUGGACGCUCGCCAUCCAGACUGCCAUCAGGCUGCAGGCCGAGGGAAAGAAGUCCCUGCACAAGGACCUGAAGCAGAAGCGCCGGGAGCAGCGGGAGCAGCGGGAGCAGCGCAAGGCGGCCAAGGAGGAGGAGACACAACGGCUCAAGCAGCUGCAGGAGGAAAAGGAGAGGAAGCUGCAGGAGCUGGAGCUGCUCAAGGAGGCCCAGAGGCAGGCAGAGAUCCUGCUGCAGGAGGAGGAGCAGCGGCGGAGGCAGCAGCACGAGGAGAUGCAGAGGACCCUGGAGAUCCAGCUGCGGGAGGCCGAGCAGGCUCGUGCCUCCAUGCAGGCAGAGAUGGUCCUGAAGGAGGCCGAGGCAGAGCGGCAGCGCAAGCGCAUCCUGGAGCUGGAGGACAUGCAGGAGAGGCUGCAGGAGGCCCUGCAGCAGGAGGUGAAAGCGCGGCAGGACGAGGAGGCUGUGAGAUAUGCUCAGGCCAGGCUACUGGCUGAGGAAGAGGAGAAACUGAAACAGCUGAUGAAGCUGAAGGAGGAGCAAGAAGAAUAUAUCAUCAGAACUCAGAGGGAGAAGCAAGUCCUCAAGCAGGAGAUGGAGAACAAGAACAAGUGUCUGGAAGAGGCGCAGAAGCAGCUGGAAGAAGUGAGAGUGAACAGGCAGCGGGUGGACCAAGAUGUCAUGGCGGCCCAGCGGAAGCUGCGACAGGCCAGCACCAACGUCAAGCACUGGAACGUGCAGAUGAACCGACUGAUGCACCCCAUCGGGCCUGGAGACAAGCGAACAAACGUGAGUGGAGGAGUCUUUGCUGGCUACCAGCCCCUUCUGUCACGGAGAGAUUCCUCCCUCAAACUCAAGCAGAGGGUGGAGGAUAAAGGCAGUGACCCCACGAGGGAAAACAGCAAGGAAAACGUGAGCAACGGUGGGAACAGCAGCAUGUUGCCGUCUCCAGAUGCGGACACCUUGGCCACAGAGCCCACCAAUUAGCCCACCAGGAUGGCAGAGCCCAGCUGGGAAUGGUAGGGCUCAGCUUGUCCCUCCAGGUGGACGGUCAGUGUGGCCAUCUCUGCAUGGAGACCAGCACAGAGCCUACAGGGGACUGCACAAGGCAGAGGUGCUCCCUUUUCCAUCAGUGAAGGGCUGCAGCCACCACGUGCCAGGAGGCUCAGGCAGCCCAGGGAGAGGGCAGUGGGACCUUCUCCUCUGGAUUGAAGAAGUGAAUUCCUUGUGCUCUGUUUUACACCCUGUACUAAAAAAGAGCCACUGCUGGGUCGGGGCCCUGUGGCCCAGGGCUGCAGUUCCCCCUUGGUUUCUACAUCAACCCUUCUGCAUCACUCACUGUGCUCCAGGGUGUGGGGCUUUGCCACCAGCCAAGGACGCCUGGACUGACCAAGUAGGGCCUUCUUGUCACCCCACACCACGCCAGGUGUCCCUAACUACAGCCACCACUGUUUUCCCUGGCAGUGGGUGGUAGUACUGGAGCCACUUAGUUAGCAGAAACUAAUGACCAAUAAAGCUUUUGGAGCCACUG